CGCCCGCCGCCGGUUUAUUUGAAGGUUCCCGCCUCGGUCACACUGCAGUUCGGAUUUGCCGGUUGUUUGGAUCGCAGGUCGAAUCGGAAAGCCAACAGAGUCGGUUCGGUAAAGCGCCAGUCGCGUCGCGAGUGCGCUAAGGAAACCAAGAGAAUUCAAAGACCUGCGUGAUAGGUGGUGUCCGCCCAGUGAAGCACAGCCAUGAUGCCGCUGCAGGAGUCGCCGUCGCCCAGUUGGCAGCUGGAGGACUACGCGUUCUUCCGCAAGUGCGGGGAAAUCACCGUCUCGCCGGACGUGCAGAGUUUCGGGUUCAACUGCGCCUUCUGCCCGGCCAUCUGCCUGCAGUUCUCCGUGUUCAUGGACCACAUCCGGGUGCAGCACAAGCAGGACGUGAGCCGGCGCUACGAGACCGAGGAGGAGAGGAGUCCGCAAACCGAUCUGGUCAUCAUGGAGCUUGACUGCCCCGAGAUAUAUCCCUCGGAGGCGCCUAGGAAGUACAGCUGGGAGGCCGACAUGGACAUCCAGCUAAUGAGCCUCGUCCCGCCGCCUCCCGCAGUGCAUAUGCCAUCUCCAACACCACCACCCCCACCACCUGAAACAGCCGAAACACCAGAAAUAGAUUUGGUCUAUGUGGUUGAAAAUCCAUUGCCACCCUCGCCGCCGCCCUCCGCCGACAUUUCGGGCGACGAGCUGCCGGGGAACAGUCCGCAGUCCUUCGACCUGGAUCCCUUUGCCGUGCUGCACGAGGUGGUAACGUUGACUCCGCCCACUCCCAUUGCUCCACCGCCCGGCCCGACCCCGACGAGAACUUCCACUCCGGCCCCACUGCCGCGGUACGAGACACGACGCGUGGCACUGCAGCGCAAGCUCCGUCAGUCGCAAAACGAGAUACCCAAAGAUGGGGAGGUGGUCGUGGUCGCGGUCGCGGUGGAGGAGCACACUGGUACGCAUGCCAGUGGGCAGCCGGAGAAGAGCGCUAUGGAACUAACACCACCUGCCACGCCCCCCACCCCUUUGCCGCCCACUUCGCCCACGAGCAGCACCGCGAGCUGUGUGGACUUCCAAUCGAAAAGUCGCAGGGAGCUGGAGCGAAAUCACGAGUUCGUUGGCUGCCUGCUGAGGGAGUACGAGCGCCUGGAAAAGCUGUGGAACCCCGGGCACCCGGACUACAAGUACAAUGCCAAGCGCAGUGCCUACGCGGAACUGGCCGGUCCACUGGCGGCCGUUUGCCACAGGCAGCUCUCCGGAUCCGAGAUCUUCGCUGUGUUGAAGGAGCUAAGGAGCAGAUACCGCCGCGAGCUGAAAAAAGUUAACGCGCUCGGCGGAAAGUACAAGUCGCGGCUGUGGUACUUUGAGAGGAUGCACUUCCUGCGGAGGGUCAUUGAAAACAGGCGCGCGGAAAGGGAAGCCAAGAUCUCCAACGAGAGCACAGAGAGCGAAAAGUCGUGCGAAACGGACGCAGAUUCCUGCGGCAAGUCGUCAUUGUAUCAUGAGGUGCUGAGUUUCAUCCUGAAUGCCUUUAAGAGGCAGGAAUGCCUGUGGAAUCCGCAACACUACGACUAUGCCAGCUGCUGUAAGAAGGAACUGUAUCGCGACAUCUCCGUCCAGUUGCGGGAGGAACUCAACUACGAGCUGAGCGGCGAGGAAUGCUGCAACGAGAUCCAAAAACUUAGGACACGCUACCGCAAGGAGCUGCGCAUGGUUAUUAAGCACAAGGGACUGUACCUGCCCAAGUUAUGGUGUUACGAUGAAAUGGAGUUCCUGCAGCCUAUUUUGCAGGAGCAGAUCUUCAACAAGAUCAGCAAGAAAAUCGGAGUGGUGGGAACCAAUCAGAAGACUAAGUUCAUCGAUGCCAGCGCGAUUCGUUUUGACAAUUCUGAGAAUCAACUGCAGUUCGUAGAGAUCUACCACAACUACUCAGCUCUGUGGGAUGUGGACCAUCCCGACUUCCGAUCGAAUGCGUAUCGUAGUCAGGCUUUGGGUCAAAUGCUGGAUGAGAUAAACACCACCUUUCACACUUCCUACUCUGCGGAGCAGUUGGAAAAGACCUUGUUCAAUCUGCGCAAAGACUUCUCGGCGCAGAAACGGAAGAUACUUACGGAGUCUGAAGACUGCAGCAGCAUUCCCUUGCUGCAUGCCAAACUGGCAGAGUUCCUGGACCAAAAUCUUGGACCCUUUCGUUGCGAUAUAUGCUCGGACCUCGUCAAGACCUGCGAUCAGUAUAAGGUGCACCGAUCCGCACACGAUGGCACCCAACCCUUCAUCUGCACUCUGUGCGGAAAGGGUUUCCAGAUGCCCUGCAACCUGACGGUGCAUAUCAGACGGCAUCGCAGGGAUUUCCCAUAUUCCUGCGAGCAAUGCGACAAGCGCUUCGCCACAUCCACGGAGGUGGCUAUCCACUUGCGCACCCACACCGGCGAGCGGCCCUACAUCUGCGACCUCUGUGGCAAGUCAUUCAAGACGUGGUCCUUCUUCGACAUCCACCGGCGCCGUCACCUGAAUCAGUCGACAUUCCGCUGCCCGAUAUGUGCAAAAGGAUUCUACGAGAAGAACCGCUUCACGGACCACAUGAACUCCCACUGGGCGAUCCGCAAGCACCUGUGCACGGUGUGCGGAAAGACCUUCACCACGUACGGCAACCUCAAAAAGCACACGGAGCUGCACUUGGCUGUGAAGAAGUACAAGUGCAGCACGUGCGGCAAGCGAUUUGCACAAUUUGCCAGUCUUCGAUGGCACAAAAAGCGAGAGCACAGCUCGGACGGGCAAGCGGACGACAAGUAGAACCUUCAGCCACUCCAAGUUCUGCCCUGCACUUUAUAAUGUUUGCAAAGCAAUCGUACAGCGUUAAAUUUGUGUCCGUCUACCUAUAGUUAUUGCCGUCUAGCAUAUACCUAUUAUAUCGUUAAUCUAGAGCUUAGUAAUGUAUUUAUACGCUAUUUAAGAUUGUCUGAUAAAUAGCUACAAGUGUUGCCUCUUAGGUUCUGUAAGUCUUAUCGUCAUAGUUAAUCGAUUAGCCAGCCGUUUGUGGAACGCUUGUAACUGGUUUAUAAUUUGAAUCCCAAAGUCAUCGAAAGUGAAACCAAAAAUAUACAUGUGUAUUAAAUAAACAUAUAAGCGCAAUGUAUUUAUUCGUAAUGUUUUAAUAGGCUUUAUCGAGCAGAGAGUACGUUUAAGAAUACCGAUGGAGCUUAAACUGGUUUCCACCAGUCGGAAUAAGUAUUUUCCAUAAUAAACUGGAACGUAUGGGCAUACACGUAUAACUCUUUGCCAAAGUCGUAAAUCUGCCAUCGAAUCGGUAUUAAUUUAGAUACCGCCCUCUGGCUUAUUUACCCAACGUUUAUUGACUCCAAUUGAGCGGCUCCAGCCGCCUCGAUGAAAGUGCAAGUGACAAAUGAGUCGGAGGAGUCUCCCAGUGACCAGGGUUAUUUCAUUUUUAUCGGCCCAAUGCACACACUCAAUUAGAUUUCAUUAAAUUGUUGCAACAGAGCGAGUUACGAGAACGGCGGAAAACGAAAAUGGAAAUGAAAAUUAAUUGCACCCAAUGACUUGUGUGCGAAACAAAAAAAUCUACAGCGAUAUGCAGUGAACUGUAACGUGGUAAUUACCCGAAGACCGGGCCGCAAACAAAUCGAAACCUAAUCAACUGUCGAAGGGGCGUCCGAGGGGCAAACAAAGAUUAAUAGGUUCGGCAUCGAAGUGAGAUUUAUACUCGUUUAGCUCGGAUCUAGUGCCCGAGUACUUGUCAAAUAAGUUCCAAUUAUCCUGGCGGUCGCCUCUUCCUGGGCAGGUCCUUCAGCUCCAGCUGACUCUUGGGGCGGAUGAGCAUUUGGACGGACUUCAGGGAGCGGAAGCUGUACCACGGCUCCCAGUAGAUGCUCUGCGGGUUGUCCACCUCUCCCUUGAAGUAUCUGCCAUUUAAAUUGCUGUAAAAUGAAACAUAA